AUGAGGUUGUAUAACGAUUUACCACCAGAGCUGCACCACAACAUCUAUGAGCGAUUGCCAAGGAAGAAGCUCCUUGAGAUGUUGGGAAUGUCCAGGCGUUACCGCGACAUAGCGGAGAAGGUCCUCUACAAGGAGCUCGUCUUCGAUCGAGAUCAUUAUUCUCGGAUUGGACGCCUUUUCCUCACCGUCGUCGGCCGACCAAAGCUAGCAAAAUUGAUCAGAAGCCUCACGAUCACGUACGAACCUGACCAUCGCGUGGACAGCCUUGCCAAUGAUGCCUAUUACAAACGCUUCUGGAACAACAUCACCACUGUGAGAGACACGAUCGAAAACCUUAGCAAGGAAAUGGACAAUGAGUUUAUGCUGCGCUGGUUCGGUAGCGUCUACGCUGGUUCAGGCUUGUACGAUGGCGCGCAAGCUGUGAUCAUUUGUCUAGCGACGAACUUAGAGCACUUAGAACUCGAACCGUGGUCAAUUACAACAAGAGUUCUAAAUCACGAAUGGGGACUGAGCGACAACAACUCGACAACCCGUCCAUUCUGCAACUUGAAGAAUCUCAAUGCACGCGGAAGGCUAUACGGCACAGUACCUGUCUUCCCGUGGAUGGAAUCUUUGAGUAUAGAACCCGAACUAUGGUCAGUCAGGCACGGCAGCCUACCUAUCCACUUGCCAUACCGGAGCACUAGUUCGACCCUACGGGUCUUGGAGAUGAGCAAAGUUGAUGUUAGUCCAGCCGCCUUCGAACAGCUGCUUUCUUUACCAGAACUCAGUAAUGUCAAAGAGCUGAAGAUCAGCAAAGUGUUUGUUGGCUACGAGAGUUCAUGGCCCAAGGACUACGAUCUCCGACGCAUUAUCCAAGUUAUUGAAGGUCAUCUACCCAACCUAGAGGUUCUACACUGGUUUCAGCACGACUGGGAGAAAGAAAAUACUUCCACGAGAACUUUCGGCAGCUUCAAGGGUCUUUCCAAACUGCGAGAACUGAAGAUAGACGCCCAACUACUGGCAACUCAUGAUCAUAUCUACGAUCCAGAUGCAGAGGUGUUGGCUCUUACCCGCCCUGCUGAGUACCUACCCGACAGUCUUGAAGCUCUACACGUCUUGUGUUUGACCGCACAUGAUGAACGAAUCGACUUGGCUCUUCAGCUAGCACGUACAUUGAACCUUCGGAGUCUUGAGCUGUCGCUUAACUUGGAGGACUGGUAUACUUAUUGGCGUCGUGUCGCCGAUGAAGGCGCUCACGAGUUACGCAAGAGCAGGAGAAAGUUCUUCCGCGACACUGUGGCGGAUAUGACUGCAUCAGGCAUAAAAUUGCGUAUCUGGCGACAGGAGGGCAUGUGCCCAGAGAAGAUUCUCUUUGCUCCAGGAUAUCAGCGGCCAUGGCCCAUAUGGGUCGACGCUGAGAAAAGGUGCUGGAGUUACCGAGUUCUCGCUGCAUGGGGGGCGAAGCAGUAUAAGAGCCAUCUUUCGAAGUCAUAUAUCAGCUAUCACGAUGAUGAUGAUGAUGAAUGGCAAGACUAUGGGGGCGAUAGCAGUAACCAGGGAGAUAGCGAUGUUGACGAGAGCGGGAAGAUUGCAGGCCAGGGUGGAGAGAAGAAGGACGAUGACGACAAGAAGAGCGAUGACGACAGGAAGGGCGAUGUCGGAAAGCAGGGCGAUGACAAGGAACUGAGCGACAACAGGGUUGAAGGUAAGGUAGCAGAAAAGAGCAGUGAUGGAGAUCAAGGACGUUCAUAG